UGUGUGUAUAUAGAGUGCAUGCGCGAGUCUCUGUCUGCGGCCGGGCGUUUAGCGGUAGAGGGUUUCUGCACAGCGAUCUUAAUUCUGCAUUUGUGAACUCCAACAGCUCUUUUAACAGGAUGCCUUACAAACAGUGGUACGAAGAUCUUGAUCAAAUCAAGCGCCGUUGCAGAGGCGGUGGGCUUUUUGAAGACCCUGAAUUUCCUGCCAUCGACAGCAAAGUCUUCAAGAAGCGCGUACUGCCUGGCGGUCAGUCUUUCGAAUGGCUCCGGCCCCAAGAACUUUUAGAUGCCCAAGGAGAAGGACAGAGAGCCAAGAUGUUGGUGGGUGGGGCAUCUCGCCUCGACAUUAAUCAAGGUAUGUUAGGAGACUGCUGGCUGUUGGCGGCAAUUGCUUCCUUGACCCAGGAAGAGAAAUUGAUGGAUAAAGUUCUUCGCAUUGGCAAGUAUGAUGAAUUUGGGAGUCCUGGCUACUGUGGUGCAUUUCAGUUCAGCAUUUGGCAAGAUGGAGACUGGGUGGACGUGAUUAUUGAUGAUCGUUUACCAACAUACAGGAAGAAACUGGUUUUCAUGCAUUCAAAAGACAAGAAUGAGUUUUGGUGUGCCCUGCUAGAGAAAGCAUAUGCAAAACUGCAAGGGUCGUAUGAAGCUCUGAAAGGAGGUCAAACUAUUGAAGCUAUGGAAGAUUUUACUGGAGGUCUGGGAGAAGAUUUUGACCUGAAGAAUGUUCGAAAAGGAGGCGAGAAGGAGAAGAAAGAAAUGUUCACAGUUAUUCAAAAGGGCUUAAGGCGUGGUGAUCUCAUGGGUUGCUCCAUCACUGCUGCUCCGAAUCAGAUAGAAGCUAAAGGUGAUCUUGGAUUGGUGAAAGGCCAUGCUUAUUCUGUGACUGGAGCCACCACUGUGAACGUUUAUGGCAGAGAAGUGGAGUUGGUUCGUGUGAGGAAUCCUUGGGGUAAUGAGAGAGAAUGGGAAGGACCGUGGGGAGAUAAAUCCUCUGAGUGGAGAAAGCUCUCUGAAUCAGAAAAGAGAGACUUGAAUUUGACCUUUGCAGAUGAUGGAGAGUUUUGGAUGUCAUUGGAUGAUUUUGUUACAUACUAUGACAAGUUGGAAAUUUGCCACUUGGGCCCAGACAGCGCCAAAGGCACCGGAAAUGCUAACAAUUGGGAAGGACGUGCUGAGAAAGGUGCCUGGAUUCGAGGUUCAUCUGCUGGUGGUUGUCGUAACUUCCUCAAUACUUUUGCCAUGAAUCCUCAGUACAGAGUUGAUCUCCAAGAUGCAGAUGAUGAUGAGGAUGACAAAUGCUCGUUAACAGUGGCACUUAUGCAGACCAAGCGUCGUAAAUUGAAGGCAGAGGAAGGAAAGCCCAUGCUGACCAUUGGCUUCUCAAUUUACAAAAUCACAGAUGAGGAUUUGAAAGGUGGCAGGGCAGACAGAGAUUUCUUUGCUUACCAUGCGUCCACUGCACGCUCUCCAGUGUUUAUUAACAGCCGUGAGGUGACUGGUCGUUUCCUGUUAGAUCCUGGAUCCUACCUUAUCAUUCCAACCACCUUUGAACCUGGCCACAAUGGUGAAUUCCUUGUGCGAAUCUACUCUGAAAAACCUGUAACAACAAGCAAAGUUGAUGUUAAGACUAACAUCCAGUCAAGGGAUGAGCGAAGAUCCAAAUAUAGAAGCCACAGUAAAGAGGACAAUGAUGCAAUGGAUUCAUCAUUCAGGGCACUUUUCUUGAAGCUGGCUGGAGUGGACAAAGAGAUUGAUGCAUUUGAACUUCAACAGAUCCUAAGUACUGCCACAAAGAAAGUGCUGAAAGAGAAGGAGUUCAGCUUGGAAGCAUGCAGGAGCAUCAUUGAUCUUAAGGACGAUGACAAGACUGGAAAGUUGGAUUAUGAUGAAUUUAAGGAGGUUUGGGCAAUGGUUAAAGACCUACUGAAAAUUUUUGCUGAGCAUGACAAGGAUGGGAGUGGCACCAUGGACAUGUUCGAGAUGCGAAGUGCCUUGAGUAAACAAGGUGUUAAUCUCAGUCAGCCAACUCUGGAUUGCAUCUCUGCACGAUUCAACAACAAGGCAGGAAAUUUGAGUUUUGAUGAUUUCCUUCAGAUUGUCUGCCGUAUCUACUCAAUUAAAGACGAAUUUGAUAAGUAUGCUGACCGAACCGGAAAAGCCACAUUCGGUCUUGAUCAGUUCAUCAUGGCAUGCGUAACUUUGUGAUGUAACCGAAAUGAGAAAGAAAAAGUCCCGGAAAACGUCCGCAACAAAUCUCAAAGCGUGGAUUUGAAGAAAAUAACCGUCAAACUUGUAGCUUAGUUAGGUAACAUUUCAUAACUUGGUACCAUUCAUAUAUCAUCUUUUUUCCUUCGGGGGCCUCGACCCUUCUCAGAGUUGUCACGCAACGUGUCCUUUCCGAGAGUCACGUGUAGGUAAACCAAUUUCUUGGUUGUGUCAAUUAUUCAAUCUAAUUAAAAUUUCAACUCGAUCAGUGUGAGCCAAGUUCAAUUUUAUAAAUUAACAGUAAAACCUGAAUAACUUAACUGGAAAUCAGUUUAAAGGAGUUCGCUGGUGAAGGGUAUCCUUAGAUAAACUAUUAAGACAAUUAAAAUGUGUGGACCUAGCGACUAUCCCUUUUUUAUUACUAUUACAACUUAUUUGUAUUUGUAAGCGACGUAUAAUCUUAAAAAAAAAA